AUGGCCGACUGUUUAGCGUCACAGACCAUUAAUCCAAAGGUUUUACCGCGUGAAGGUCGUCCGUCCGGUUCGGGGUUCUGGAGGUGGAGCGUUUUUCAGCCACUGGAAUUUUCCUAUAGGAGCUUCACCAUUCCUUCGAACUUCCUCGGUGCCUUCCCGGAAUUAAUCUGGAAAUGGCUGACGUUUAUCUUCCAGCUGGAAAGGUUUUCCCUUUUCCAGCAUGUCUUACGUCAACGGCUGCCAUCUUCCACCGACUCAUCAUCACCGCCGUCUCCACAAGGUGUCAGCGCUAAAGGAAUGUUGCUGAAGCAGACCCCAAAUUCGGCUUUAAAUACCUACGAGACGAGUGGGAAGGGGAUUAGAAUACAAGGAGGUCCAGUAAAUUAGUGAAAGCCACUAGGAAAAGCGAAAACGAGA